GAGGCCUUCGAGCGCAUCAACUCCUGUGGCGAGGGGCAGCUGCAGGCCUUCUACCUCAAGUACCUGGACUACCUUGAGGCGGCGCGGGUUCCGUUUCUCCGCACGGACAAUUUCGGAAGGGGCGUUGUCCAAGAAAACCCUCCAUUUGGCGGAAUUUCCUGUCAUCGUUUUGCCACUGGACGACGAGGCCGUUGCUGGUACGGAAUAUUUUUCUCGAGGGUGGAGUUUCUUCGAAUUCGCCCUCGCGAUCAAUUUCGACAGCGUUGCGGGCGCCGAGAACCAUGCCCUUGUGGAGCAGAUGCUCAAGAGAGCUGCCGAGUUACAAGGUGA